UGCUGUAUAUAAAACUCAUAGGCCCAUGUCAGGUACCUUGUAUUGCUUUUGUUGGAUUUUUGUGAUUAUAAAUAUUAUUCCAAUAUUUGAAAAUGAUGAUAUUACAGUACAUCUUUUUAGGAACAGAAUGAAGAGAACAAAUUCAACCAUACAUGUAUCAGUUCCUACCGACCCACCUAGAAACAUCCAGCCACUGUAGGAUGUUUAAAUGAGACAGAAAAUGUCACUUUCACCUCUGAGGUUUUGAUUUCCAUCAGAAGUUAAAGUUUAGUGUGUGUGUGUGUGUAUGUGUGUGUGUGGUGGCUGGAGAGCAGCGUCUGGCAUGCUGGGUGUGACCCAGUCAUAAAAUGACUUCCUGUGUUUAAGCUACUGUGGGUUUUUCAUUAUGGCUGCUGUUUCGCCUUGUCUAAACUUGUCUUUCUGCACCUCAGCGCCGCAAAUCUCAAGGGAAAAGUCAUGAGAAACCUGACCUGGUAGCAGGAAACCAUUUAGAGUUAGCAUUGUUAGCAUGGACGUGCCACUGGUGUGUGUACAGAGGUAAUGUGAAGCAAUCGUGUCAACAUGGAGCGCAACCGAGUAAAACCUUUACAAUACGUCGGUUUGGACUGAGACACAUUUAAAGUCUCAGCAUACCGUCACGGCCGGCGCUGUGCUCAGGUCUGAUACUUUACUGUGGCUCAGUGCCUUCAAACCACACAGGGAUCCAUUUGCAUUAGGACACAUCCUACAGUACAGCCAGUCCUCUGAUUGGUGAGCAAACGUUUCUGUAUUUUCUUUUCAUGCCAGUGUUUGAGCUGCUUGUGGAACCUUUUUAUGCCCUGGCAAAGGGACUGAAUGGAGGCGGUACUGCAGGUUCAGAGAUCUAUGUGCUCUUAUAAUUUAACUGGCCGUGAUGGAGGGAGCCAGGUCUGCAAAGUGACCAUGCUGACGUCCUGCGUGUCCGCCGCUGACAGGCUGUGAAACCGAUUUCAGCCACAAUAUGACUAAAUUAGCAGCUUCUGGGGCGGGGGAGCACCCCCCAUCCUACAUCAUUUUUCUAGUGGUCUUCCUCUUCUUCCUGACGGGUCUGCUGGGCUUCCUUAUCUGCCACCUGCUGAAGAAGAAGGGCUACCGCUGCCGAACCGCAGACCUGGAGGAUGAAGAGGACAAACUUGGGGAAGAUGAAGAUGAUGAGAACGAUGAGAACCAGGACACCGUGGAGCAGAUUCUUAAAUGCAUCAUGGAAAAUGAAGCCAACAUGGAAGCCUUCAAUGAGAUGCUGGGGAACCAUAACGUCUGUGUGCACCAUGAUCCACGGUUGCGUAAGGAGUCCAUCAGUGGCAUUCCUCCCCAUCUCCAUACAGUCCACUCAGGAGCCGACCUCAACUCCUGCCUCCUCUGCGCCCAGGUCAAAGCGAAGAGGGGCCGCAGACAGAGCAAGACACCCCGCUUAAAACAACGACCCGGAGAGCAGACCGUCUUCUCUGUCGGAAGAUUUCGGGUGACACACUCUGAUAAGAAGCUCCAGGGAAGUCCUAACCUAUUGGGUUUUUCGGGGGACCAGCUGGACCAGUCCCAAGACAGUGAUGAGAGAAAGGAGGAUGGGUACAAUCUGCAGAAUAUGUUUAAAGAAGUCCAACCGCCUUCAGAUGGUGCCAAUGGUGUUGCUGCAAAUGUGGGGAAAAGGAAGAAGAGUGUGACCAUAUUUGGGCUGAGGCGGGGCAGUGAUCCUUUAGGUUUGAAAGUAAAAGAGAGGGUAGGUAGAGACACUGGGGGGAUUAGAUUUGCUGUUCAGCGGCCACCGGUUGUGCUGGAGGAAAAUGUCCAGGCAGAGAGUGUAGAGACUAAUCCAGAGCGUGGUACUAAAGCUGCUGCCAAGCUGAAUACUGAGUCUGCAUCAGCUCAGCGUGAAGGUAUAACUUCUAUUCUCAAAAAAUCCUCCAAUUCUAACUCUGGUUCCCAGGAAAGUUCCAGGCUUGGCCUACAAGGAAAGAUGGCCGUAGGAGCCUCUGCGCCUUCCUCCCGGCCUGUUUCAACUGGGAAAUCUGUAGAUGUUGACAAUAAGAUAUUAAAGAUUGAAGAUCCUGGACCACUACAGACCUCAACCCCCAUUGACGCCAGACCUGCACCAAUUCCAGGUUUCACCUCUGUUAUGCCCACUGGUCAGUCCCACUGGAACAAAGACUUUACAACUGCAAGAGUUUCCUCUGACCCAUGUUCCAGCCCAGAUCCAGAACCAACUGCCAGCGGAGGCCUUGCUUUGAUAAGCUUAGGUUCAUCUCCUGCAUCUUCCUUCCAAAACAAGACCUUUUCGUCGGUCUCAUCAUUAAAAACGCCUACCUCAUCCCUGGCAGAGUCACCAAGCCCCAAAAGCAGCUUAGGAAACAUAACAGAGGCUACCAGUAGCAAACCAUUAGCACCACUCCCCCCAUGUUCUUCUCCAACUGCAGCCUCACCACGUUCAACCCUAAAGUCAGAAAGUUUGACUUCUGUGAGAUCUGUAACACAUGGAGACAUACUUCCAAGUUCAUAUUCCACGAUGGAACACAAGCUAGAAGGACAGACUGAAGAAAGAAUAGAAAAAAAGAGACCUGGAAUCAUAAGGACACCCAAACUGUCUCCAGUUGCAACAAGAGAUCUAGCCUCUUCAUCUGAGCAGGUUUUAAAAGACAGACUGAGCAGUUUACCCUUGACUCUCCCCAGCCCGUCCUCACUUCAAGGAGGGAGAGUAAGUAGUGUAACAAUUGUUAAAGCCAGUCCUGACAGCAAGAGGGAGUUCUCUGUUGUUACUAUGGUGGACAAAGAAGAGGCCUCCCAAGAUGGAUUUAAAUCAGAGAGAGAGGAAACAAACCCCACUGUUAGAAAGCAAGAACAGAUUUUUAUUGGUGAAUCUCAGACUCAGAGAAAGGAAACCUCAGGAGGAGAAACCAGGUCAUAUCCAGGUCAAGAUAAGGAUGACAUGAUGGAGAUGGAAGACAUUAGAGACUGCAAGGUGACACAGGUGGAAGGAAUUGAGGGGUUGAGAGAGGACACUGACAAGAUGUUGGAUAACCAAUCACAACAGAACCAAGAAGGGAAGUGCCAAGAUGAUGAAGAGUCUACCGCAUCCAGAAAUGAUCCAAACAGAGAGACAAACGAUACCACAAACUGAACUACUCUCAGAGACAAGUGAUAAGAUCAAUGACAAAAUAUUAUGAUGAGCAUUCUUUUAUUCAUUUAACCUCAGAUGAUUUUUUGGAAAAGUUUUUUUUUCCCUUUCCAGCUAUAAGAGUGAAACUGACACUAGACCUUCAUAUUUAUAUUAACAUAUAAGUUAUGGUUUGUUAAUAAAAGUUUUGUUAACACCACCAGACCACCAAUGGGCUGGUGGUCUGGUGUUUGGAUAUGCAUGAACAAUGUCACUGGCAUCCACCUCCUGACUAUCAGUUUAAGAGUUUCACUUAAUGCCCUGAAAUGUAUCUGAACACUGGAGCGACUGGAGAAACGUUUGUCCACACAUGUAUGGAAUAUUAUAACCUCUGCACAGAUCCACACCGUCGUCUCCAGGUCUGUUCGAGAUUUCACCUUAGUAUCAUCCCGUGCUUUGUUGCAUAUUCACACAUGUUCCAAAGAACCAUGACGAGUGAUAUAGUUCGUCUUCUGUCAAUACGAGUAAAAUGAUCCAGUAGGGGAAAAUGUUGGGAUCCUUUGCUUUAAUAGCAUGUUGGCAGCUCCCUUCUGUGCUGCUACAUCAUCCAUUGAAUAUUUCAUCAGUACAGGUUUUACUAACUUUAGGUCAUGCCUCACAGUAUUGUUUAUUGGAACAGUUUCUGUGUUUCCAUUACAAAUGUGUGCAAAACUUUGUCGAUGUAAAAAGACCCCCCACAAUUUUGCAACAGUGGUGUUUCCACUAGAUAACAAACGCAAUUAAAACCACAUCUGAAUAAUUCUGUUCAUGUGAUAAGUUAACAUUAUCAUCCUCUUACCACUUCCUGUGGUCUUCUGUUUUUUUCACCAACUGACAACCAGCUCUUGAUCAUGAUACAAAAAACUGUUUCCAUUGCAGUUUUGCAAAAUAUUAACUUUUUGUCAGAAGAUUUUAGUGCAAUAUAAAAAAUAGUGAAGAAUCUUGUCCACCUAUUACCUCUGGAUCCAGAGUCCUAACCCUACAUAAGCUGCCUAUAAUUCUCAAUGGUUCAUAAAAUAGCUCUACAGAGGCAGAAACCAUACAACAUGCCUGCAAGAUGCAAAAUUUCUCAUAUAUUACAAGAAUUACAGCAUAUAUUUAGUAGCACAAAGUCCCUUCCUUUACCAAAUAGAGCAUCAGUUUAGAAUCAAUUGGCCAACCACAAACAGUUGUGUCUUGGAAGAUCCCACACAGUGUCUGCAGUGUUACCAUUGGACUGUGGGCUGUGAAAGCAGACAACAAAAGAUUAUUCUCUAGUACUCCAUUGAGGUUUUUUUUUUUGUUUUUUUUUUUUUCAAAAUUGGUAUCCAUUAAACAAAACCAGUUAUU